AUGGGUACACUCAUAUAUUUAUAGCCAAGCUUUAAAGGUCCAGAACCACAAUAUAAAACCAUUAAUUAUUCGAUAGUCCCCAAAAAUCAAAGUUUGGAAGAUCAUAUAGAAAAACCACAACUUGAAAUCCUCCAGCAAUUGAAUGAGGAGAAGAAAUGCCGAGAUCUUGUUGAAAUCCAUGGCAUCACCUUGGAAAAAACUAAAUAAUUUUAUGCUGAUAAAAUCAAGGAAUACAACGAUAUCAUCGAUUUAAAGCAUAUCAAAAAUAAAAGAAACCAAUCCCAAUCAGUUGAAAAAUCUCACAAUCAAACAUUUAUUCGGUUUGCAGGAGACGAAGGUAAAAUCACUAAUUUUCACAUAUCCAUCAAUUCGAAGAAUCUCAUCCCACUUUUGAAUGAAAUCAACAGGAGGGCUAAUAAUGAAUAGACCAUAGACAAUCCACUUAGUUACAGGAGAUCAACGAGAAAUAAUCAAAAUAACACAUUGAAAACCUCAAACAAUUACACCAAUAUCAAGUAUACUCUACAGACAAUCAGACCUAAAUAACCAUAGAAUAUCACUCAAAGAUUGGAAUAAAAAUUAAUUAACUUUGAUCGCUUAAACUAAAGUUAGAUUAGCCCAAUGAAUCAAGUGAACUUUAAUGAAGAUCUAUCCAUUGAUGUGAUUAAGAAGAGAAAAUCAUUUUCAAUCGACCUUAAAUUCAAAAGAAGGAACUCUGAAAAAAAGAAAACAAACACCUACUCCAAAUAGCAAAAAUAGGACAUUCCUAAAGUAGAUUUAUCAUAACUGAUUUCGGAUUCCUUUAGAUAAAACAUAUCAAGUUCUUGUUAAUAUGAGGAUGAUCAAGCCGAAAUUACACAAAGAGACUCCCAAUUUAAUAAUAACAAUUUAGAAUUGACUCAGAUCCAAUACCCACCUCUGGAGACUAAAAUUGAGUAACUUAAUUAGAGUUCAUUUGAUUAAACUGAAAAAGAGCAACUACCAGAUAUUUAUAAAGACAUAAGUAAAUAUUAAUUGUUCAUUCAAAUAGAUGUUAAUUAAUAUUUUGAUUUUGAACAGAGACAAAAAGUGCUCAAAAGAAGGAAGGAAGUUGUACAUGAGAUAUUAAACAAACAGAAACCUAAAUUCUUACAUAUUUGUGGAUCCAAAUUUCCAGUUAUUAAUAGUGAAUAAAAUUGGAACAACUACAACAACCUGAGAAUUAGGAUAACAGAAAGGGAACUCUAAUAGAAAGUGCAUCAAUUGAGAAAUACAAAAGAAUAAUAUUAAGAUUUUGAGAACCUAACUAUGUUGUCUGGACCACCUAUAACUACCAGUUAUGUUACCAAUAAUCUAAAAUCAGAUUAUUAGGAUGUCAAAGUUACUAAGAUUAUGAAAUAGCUAAAUACUUUUAAAUAGUGA